AUGGGAGCCCUAAUUAGAAAUGCAAAUGACCACUCUGUACUGGUUAUGGGAGAUUUUAACGCCAAGUCCCCAGAAUGGGGUGCGCAAGCGACCGAUAACAGAGGCGAUAUCCUAUCAGUAUGGGCUAUCUCGUUGGGAUUAAGAGUCUUGAAUACGGGCGAGGCUACUUGGUGCAGAGGAGAUAAACGGUCACAUAUAGAUGUUACCUUAUGCAAUGAUAAGUGCAUGGAAAAGGACGUAUCAUGGGAAAUUUCAGACCAUGAAAACUUAAGCGACCAUAAAGACAUUAUAAUAAUUAUAAGAGCCCAAAAUAAAGUAACUGAUAAUAGUAGAACAGUGUUAAGGUGGAAAAUGAAAAACGUCCCAGAAGAGUUAUUGAAGAAGGUAAUUAAGAAGGAAACAAAAGGAUGGCUUGAUAAAGAAAUUGGAACCCCCGAAGAACUGGAAAAAAUAACUAUAGAUAUUUGCAAUAAGGCAUUUGGUGGAAGAAAAAACGUUAGAAAAAAGGAAGGAGAAAUAUACUGGUGGACAGAUACGGUCGAGCAAUUAAAGAGGAAGUGUUGUAAACUCCGAAGGGUAGUUACAAGAGCAAACAAAUGGAAUACUCAUGGAGAGGAGGUCAAAGAACAAAGGGAGGAAUACAAAAGAAUGAAAAAACAAUUAACAAAACAGAUAAGAGAUGAAAAGAAAAAGCCUGGAAUAACUUAG